AUGUCUGCCUACCCUCAGCAACAGCAGCAGCAGCAGCGUCCAUACUAUGCUGGACAGCCAGGACAGCCAGGACAGCCAGGACAGCAGGGGCCACCAGGACAGGGACAGUUUGCUCAGGCUCCCAAUGGCUUCCCUCAACAGCAGCAGCAGAAGGGACCACCUAGCCCUUAUGUCAAUGCGCGCCCUGGACCCUCGAUGCCUGGCCAGCCCGGAGUGCGGCCCAACAACAUGCCCCCUGGCGGUCCUCGUCCUCUUAUGCAGUCAGGUAAUCCUAUUGUUGGUACUCAGCAUGCAUCCGAUUUGAUCAAAUGUGUGACAAAGUCCGAAGGAGCGAACACCACUCAGGUCCAUGGACACUCUUCGAUCAGUCAAGGUGGCCCAAGACCACCUGUCAAUGGCUCUCCUCACCCAUACCCACACCAACAGCAACCAGGAGUCAGACCUCACCCUGGAUCUCCAUCAGCAGCCAGACCUCCAAUGGGUCCCCGUCCCCCCAUGCCUAUGAACCAGCCACUCAGGACUGCCUCACCUUUGCCUGGGCAAGCACCAGGAAUGGCUCAUGCUCCUUCGCCUCGCCCUAUUCAUGCCCCUCCUACACCCACACCAACAGCCCUCAAUGGACCUCCUGGACAGCAUGCGCAAGCAUCUCCUCUCCAACAGCAGCAGCCACCCUACGCAAGGGCAGGAACUCCUCUCGGGCACAGCCAGCCUCCACCCAUGCAAUUCCAGCAACAAACCCCUCCUCAACAACAGCAGCAGCAACAGCAACUGCCACCUCAACAGCAUACUCCUCCCGCAGCUCCCGUUGAUCAAAAUGGCGCUGGAAUGAACGGCAUGUACAACCAGAUGGCUGACAUGUCCCUCAGAUCGAACGGCCCCAUCGAUCAGCAAGCACCUGGAUUCGGCGCUAUUCCUCCUCAAGGGCCACCCCAAGUGCCAUCUGCAGAGUACAAACCCAAGGCAGGAGCAAGACCAAAGCGCGUCUUUGCGACUGAUCCCUCAGCGGCACCUCCAGCGCAAGGAAUGAACAACGGCAUGCCCCCACUUCCUCUGCCCGGCAUGAACUCUUACGAUGCUCAGAACGGCAUGGGUCAGCAGCAGCAACAGCAACAGCAACAGCAACCUUAUGGAUCGCAGCAAUUUGGACAGCCACCCAACCAGGGAUAUGCUCAACAGCCACCUACUCCUUAUCAGCAGCAGCAGCAGCCCGUCAUGAACCAGCCACCUAUACCUCAGCAACCCAUGAGCAUGGGUCAGCAACAGCAGCAGUUCAAACCUCAACAACCCAUUCAGCCUGUCGCCAAGUCAAAGAUCGAUCCCGACCAGAUCCCCUCACCCGUUGCAGUUCAGGAGAAUGAUCAGGCGCAGUGGGACGACACACCCUUCAUCACCUCCUCUAAGACCCUUGUCACUCCUCUUGCCAGCUCUGACUUUAUGGCCAUCGAUGAAGGAAACUGUAACCCUCGCUUCUUCAGGAUGACAACCUACAACGUUCCGAACACAGAGGAUCUUCUCAGCACUGCGCAACUGCCCAUGGGUCUUAUCAUUCAGCCAUUGGCCAAGCUCCGCGCCGAUGAGGCACCUAUUGAAACCGUUGACUUUGGCGAUGCAGGACCAGCUAGAUGUCGUCGCUGCAAGGCAUACAUCAACCCCUACAUGAUCUUCACUAACGGCGGUCAGCGAUUCGUUUGUAACCUGUGCUUAUUCGAGAAUGAGAUCGACCCCAACUACUUCUGCAACCUGGACAUGAGCGGCCGUCGCUUGGAUAUCGAUCAGAGACCCGAGCUGCGCAAUGGAACCAUCGAAUUCGCAGUUCCCAAGGAGUAUUGGAACAAGUCCCCAGUUGCUGCUGCUUACGUCUUUGCAAUUGACGUUUCUUGGAGCGCUGUCCAGAGCGGCAUGCUCGCCAACUGUGUUGAGGGCAUCAAGGAGGCGCUUUGGGAUGCCGAUGGCGUCUCUAGACUGGCACCAGGUGCUCAGGUCGGAAUCCUCACCUACGACAAGACCGUUCACUUCUACAACCUCUCCUCGGGCUUGGAGCAAGCGCAGAUGAUGGUUGUUCCCGAUGUGAAUGAUGUCUUUGUGCCACUCAGUGAGGGAUUCUUGGUCAGCCCUGAGACCUCCAAGUCCAUUGUCGAGUCAUUGCUAGACUCCAUCCCUCAAUUGUUCGCCGAGAACAAGACCACAGAUCCCGUUAUUGGCGCUGUCGUUCAGGCGGUUCACAUGGCACUGGAGAACCGUGGAGGAAAGCUGGUCAUAUUCCAGACUGCUCUCCCCACAUCUGGACCUGGCGCCCUCAAGCAGCGCGAGGACUCGAAACUUUAUGGCACGGACAAGGAGAGAACUCUUUUUGCGCCUCAGGACGACUUUUACAAGAAGGUGGCAGAGUCUUGCGUGGACGCUGGUCUCUCAAUCGACCUGUUCCUGUUCCCCAAUGCGUACAUUGACGUUGCCACGUUGGGUUGCCUUCCAAGCAUUACUGGAGGAGAGUCGCACAUGUUCCCCAACUUCAACCCCGCACGCGACGCUGUCAAGUUCAAGGGCAACUUGGCCAAGUUGGUGGCGCGUCCUUUCGGUUACAACGCGUUGAUGCGUGUUCGUUGUUCGACCGGUCUUAGGAUCACGGAGCACUUUGGAAACUUCCACAUGAAGAACAGCACUGAUCUGGAGCUCGCUGGUAUCGACUCUGAGAAAGCGUUUGGUGUUUUGGUCAAGCAUGAUGGAAAGUUGGACGAGAAGGUCGAGGCCUCGUUCCAAGUGGCACUGCUUUACACCACUGCCGAUGGUUUGAGAAGAGUGAGAGUCCACAACUUUAGCACACCCGUCACCACAUUGCUGGGCAAUGUUUUCCGAUGGGCUGACAUGGACACCACCAUCAACUUCUUGGCUAAAGGAGCCAUUGCACAAGGAUUGAGCAAACCCUUGAACGAUGUGCGCGAGGCUCUUACUGAGAAAUGUGUGAAGAUUUUGUCCUCAUACCGCAAGAACUGUGCUUCAUCAACCGCCCCUGGUCAGCUUAUUCUUCCCGAGUCAUACAAGUUAUUCCCUCUGUAUGCGUUGACACUGCUGAAGUCCAAGUCUCUCCGGUCAGGCAUUGAUAUGAACAGUGAUAUCAGAGUGCAUCAUAUGCGCAUGCUCAGGAGCAUGGGUGUCAGCGAGUCCAUCGCCUUCUUUUACCCCCGCAUGGUCCCCGUUUUCGACAUGGAAGAAAAGGUUGGCGUGAGAGGUCCUACAGGACGCGUGUUGUUCCCACCAUUGGUUCGUGUCUCAGUGGCUCGUUUGAACCCUGCAGGAGCUUACUUGCUGGAGAACGGUCAAUGCAUGUUCCUCUGGUUGGGACGCGAUAUCCCCUCCAACUACCUCAUGGAUGUCUUUGGUGUCUCUACCUUGGACGAAGUUGAUCCUAGCCUGCGCCAUCUGCCAGAAAUCGAAUCACAGACAAGCAACCAGUUGAGGACGGUAGCGGCGUAUAUGCAAGAACAGCGUGGCAAGUACCUGAACCUGGUGGUGGUCCGCCAGGGCCGCGGCCAGCACGAGGAGCCCGAGUUCUUGAGUCUGUUGGCCGAGGACAAGAACAACGAUGCCAUGUCCUAUGUCGACUACCUCUGUGCGAUCCAUCGCAAGAUCCAGACCGAGGUCUCCACCAAGCCUUACGAGAACCAUACCCGACUCUGGACUACUCGCUAA